GACAGAGAACCAUUUCCGGGUUACGUAAACCGCCGCAGCAGCAGCAGCCGUUGUUCGCAGCUAGCGCCAUGGCGGCAGUGCGUAGCUUACGGGUGUCGGUGAAAUCAGACAGCGGCUCAGACCGCUCGGAAUCGGACUCUGACUCCGAGUCGGACAGAGAUGCCCGCGAAGCCGAACCGAUGGAGGUGGAGGUGGAGGUGGAGGUGGAGCUGGAGGACAUAGCCGUUAACCGUUCCCUGAAGGAGCUGCUGCCGGAUACGAGCCGGCGGUACGAGAACAAGGCCGGAGCGUUCAUCACCGGGAUCGAUGUCACCUCAAAGGAGGCGAUCGAGAGAAAAGAGAAGCGAGCGAGGCGUUUCCAUUUCUGCGUGGAGGAGAGCGUCGGCCAGAGGAACGUCUUCCUGGAUAAAGACGUCAUGAAGAAAGCCAUCCCCAGACUGCGCCUGGAGGCGAUCCACGUGGCCGGCGUGGACGACAUGAGCACGCAGGACGUCUUCGGAUAUUUUAAGGAGUAUCCUCCAGCGCACAUCGAGUGGAUCGACGACACGUCCUGUAACGUGGUUUGGCUGGAUGACAACACAUCUGUCCGAGCCCUCGUCAACAGCAGCCGGAUGCCGGACCCGGAGGCCGUUGCCACGGAGACGGAGAGCGCCGAGCAGUCGGGCGAACAGAGCAAAGCUCGCCGGGGUCAAGGGUCAGAUGAGGAAGAGGAAGAGGGCGAGGUGGACGAGGAGGAGGCGGUGAAGAAGAGCGGCGAGGAGAUCGAGGUGAAAGACAGCGACGGAGAGACGGAGCAGAAAAGGAAGGAGGCGGCCGGUCAGAUGGACGACCUGUCGGCGGCCGAGAGACAGUCUCUGCUGAGGAACGACCUGCGGCCGGCCGUCAAACCCUUCAAAGGGAACAAACUGUUCCUGCGCUUCGCCACGCUGGAGGAUAAGAAGGAGCUGGGCGCCGCUCGCCGCAGCAGGUACUACAUGAAGUACGGAAACCCAAACUACGGCGGCAUGAAGGGGAUCCUCAGCAACUCCUGGAAGAGGAGGUAUCACAACCGGCGGAUCCAGCGAGACGUCAUCAAGAGCAAGAAGCCUCUGAUCGGAGACAGCAUGGGACACACGCCGCCGUACACGCACCGACACUCCGAAAAGCUUCCCAGCUGGUUAGGAAGUGACAGACUGACUCCGCCUCCUCUUCCUCUCUCCUCAGCUGACCUGGUGAACCUGCCCGAGGAGCCCAUCAAGGAGGAAGAGGAGGAGGAGGAGGAGGACGGGGAUGAGGACAUGGAGGAGGACGACAGGGUGGUGGAGUACAGAGAGCGAGGCGACAGGGGCGGAGGCUCGCGGCCGCUGGGGGCGGGGCUUCACGGCCGGGCGGAGCGCUCUCCGUCGCCCUGGUCGGAGUCGGACGAGAUGGACUACGACCUGGAGCUGAAGAUGAUCUCCACGCCGUCGCCCAAGAAGAGCAAGAAGAUGACGAUGUACGCCGACGAGCUGGAUACGCGCCUGAAGAGCAUCCGGAACCGGAUCGGGGGGUCGGGAUCGCAGAGCAGGCCCAAAUCCGCGUCGCCCACCAAAGUGAUGGACGUCCGGCAGCUGCUGGAAGAGAAGAGACAGGGGCUGUCCGGGAGCAGACAGCCCCCCCCGGUGGCCGGCGGCGGAAAGACAGACGUACGGCAGCGGCUGGGGAAAAGACGCUACUCUCCCGACAGACGGCGCUCCCCCUCCCCCGUCUCCCCCAGAGAGACUCCUCCACCCAGAGACCCGGUCAGAGACGUGCAUCGCAGACUGGGCGUGGCCGGUCAGGACAGCAGAGGCCUCUUCUCCAAUUCAUCCAAAGACAGAAAGACAAGCGGCCUGUGGAGCAGACUGGGCUCCGCCGACGACAGCGGCGCCGGACGCCACGAGCGCAGACCGAGCAGCCGGGCGUCGGGCCUCUUCUCCUCCUCGGGCCAGAAAGCCGGCAGCGACGGCAGGAGGAGACGAGGCGCCGGAGGAGAGGAGGAGGUGGAGGUGGAGGAGGAGGACGAGGCGACGCUGCAGAAGAUGUGGGGCGCCAUGAUCAAACAGAAACAGGAGCGUCUGUCCCACAAGAUGAAGAAGAGCCGGCUGGACAACCUGCCGUCGCUGCAGAUCGAGAUCAGCCGCGAGAGCAGCGACUCGGACGCCUGAGGGCGACGCGGCGACUCGGACGCCUGAGGGCGACGCGGCGACUCGGACGCCUGAGGGCGACGCGGCGACUCGGACGCCUGAGGGCGACGCGGCGACGGAGGAAGGAAACCAGCCGAGUUAUUUCUCUUUUGAACUUCAGAUCACUGUUUUCUCCAAUAAUACAAAGACAGGAAGCCGUCAGGCCAGACUGCAGCUGUGUGGUGGGUUUUCAUUUCUGUUUCGUAUUGUGUAUCUGUGGUCCGUGGAUGGAUUAUUGAACAGGCCUGCCAGGCACGGCUCCAGGGGCCCACAGGCUCCAGGGGGCCCCCGUUUGAAGUGUUUAGUUGUCAGUUAAAAGUAGGUAAUGGUGAUACCUGAUGGUGUUGAUCAGAGUCUGCAACCAGGUCCAAACAUGGUUAUAAUGUCUGAAGUCUCUGUUCGCCUCCAGCGUCGGCUGAACGCUGAGGUUCAGCGUGUGAACGGCAGCACCUGGGAGCUCUGUAGGAGGGCUGGGGGGCCCGGGGGGCCCGUCAUCUCAUAAUCCAUCCACGCUCCUGUCGAUAUAUUAAACAUCUGUGCCGAUAUUUAACAGCCAAAACUAGAGGUGCAGCGUUUCUCAGUUGUGUUCUUGUCAGGAUGUAGCAGGACAGGAACACCUGUCAGUGACUCAUUCCUUCGUUACUGUGGAGGUGUUGGACUCUGCUGAGACCCGUCUCCGCUGAGACCUGAACCCUGAACCCGGCGGUCGUAACGCUGCCUUGCUCGGGACCAUUCCUCCACGCUUUGAGCUUUCCGUUGUCUGGCUGCAGCUCGUCUUCGAUGUCAAGUCCAGUACAAAACUUCCUUUAUGAAAUGUGUGUUUUUACAUUUAACUGUCCCCGUUGGGUCUGUGGCGUCGGGUCACGUGUCUCCCGUGUGGACGGCGAGGCGGAGCGAGAGAAGACGCAGAGGAUCAGUGAAAGGAUGAAAAGGAAAUGUGACUCCACCUGUUUCUCCAGACUUGUCAUUGUUUCCUCUGACAGCAGAAAGAACUGAUGAAGCAGACUCUUUUCUGGGGGUAAAUAUCCUAAAUGUUUUUUUAAUCACCUGUGUGCGUCUGUUAUUGAUCGUCCACGUUCCCUCAGACGCUUCCUGUCUGUGGUCUCGUCCUUCCUGCAGUGUCUGUCCUCUGACUGGUGUCAUCUGGUAUUUAAUUUUUUUAAUGGAAACCUUUGGGGCCACAGUGACUGUAGGACACAAGUCAGUGCCAUCGCUGCUGCUCAUGGACAUACAUCAUUAUUAAAAUGUUGGCUCAUG